UAAAAAAAAGCUCCCUAUCGUCCGCAGAUAGAAUUUCUUCAGUUGUGAAGAGUACGAUCCACGAUGCGGAUCCCCGAGGAAUAUAAGCCCAGCAAAGAGUCACUGAAAACCAGUUUAAAAACUCGGUCAAAGGAAUAUCCAAGGGUUGCUGCACUCCACGGUAUUGCUUAUGUCGCUGACGUGACAAGGCCGAAGAUAGAAAGGAUUGGCUGGCUCAUCUGCCUUCUGAUAUCGUUGGUUGCCAUUUUGGUCAUUAUUGUUACGCUCAUGGAAAAGUUCCAGACCAACCCCAUGCUGAGUAGCAUGGAAAUACACUCCGACGACGUCCCACUGGAUUUUCCGAAUAUUUAUUUCUGUCCCCCUUGGAUAUCUUCGAAUAACCAUACCCAAGGAACAAAGGAGCAACAGGACGAUACCUGGUACGAAGAACUCUACAAAUGGGACGCAAGGGCAACAGCAUUUAGAAACUUGACGUACCCCACUAGCCUGAACAACGUCAGAUCCUUGAAAAAUUACUUUUUCGAAAAUUAUGGAUCUCUAUGCAUCUUCGUCCAAAGGCUGACAUUAGCUGGCCGAGAGCUGGACUGCUCGUCUUUUGACAAAGUGAUGACCACUAGAGGAAUUUGCUUUGUCGUUUCAUCUUCGGAUAUCAUAAUCGAUGAUGUGGACAUACUCUUAAAUUUUUACGCUGCAAUGUUUCCAAUCAGAGUUUACGUGACUCUUCCGGAUCAAACGAAUUUCCUGAAGCAUCUUUCGUUCCACAAUUUCAUCUUCCCUUCAAUGGUCGGUAUGAAGUUUCACGAAACGAUAACAUCGGCAGAUGCAAAAGUGCUCACGCGAUCCCAGCGGAAUUGUUUUUUCCCCGGAGAACAAUCCCCCUACGUCGAGUGCAUGUUGGACUGCGAAAUUAAAAACUCUUUGAAACUAUGCGGCUGCGUCGCCUGGUACCUCGCAAAAGACGGUGUCAAAGAAUGUUCGAUAAAUAAGUACCAAUGUCUGAGCAAUCAUGCCGUGCAAAUAGCAGACACUUCUAGAUGCCGUUGUCUGUUGUCGUGCGAUAAUAUUUUCCCCCAGAAGAUCGAGAUACAGGUUUACCCGCCCGAAGAGGGGCUUUGCGCGAUCAAAAUAUCGGUCAGGUCAAAGUUAAAGUAUACAAGGACGAUUUUGUUCGGAUGGUCCGAUCUUAUGGUGUCCUUUGGGGGGAUAGCUGGGCUCUUUCUCGGUCUCUCUCUUUUGUCGACCAUCGAAUUUGGGUACUACUUCACUCUAAGAACCUACUGCGGAGCCGUACUCGACGCGCCUAGACACAGACAUAAUAUCACUAAAAUAAACGUUCUAGAGCUCAACGAUCUUGGACAGCUGGGAAACGUGGCGAAGCACGAAAAACAACCUCGUCUCAGAGAACAAAAGGCAUUCAAUUGGUCAUCACGGUGCCUAGUUCGUCGCAGUACUCAUUCAACGUCCAACCACGAAGGGCAGGAGUUAUACAUGGCCUUGCACAAUUCUUUUACAGGUAUGCAAUAAGCAUCAGUCAGUAUAAUAUAAGUUGGUGCGUUAUAAAAAUAUAUUCAAUUUGAUAUAUUAUAUCGUCACAUUGGCAGUAAUAUAUUAACAUAUAAUAUAAUAUAACAUAGAAUUAAUAUAUUGACAUAGAAUAUAAUAUUGGUAAUAAUUUAUUCUUAUAUUACACGUCAUUAUUAUUUCACUUUUCGUAUGUUUUAGGUAUCCGGAGAUGCUGCCAUCGUAGCUGCUGUAUGAC